GCUGGGUCCCCGUCUCAGUGACAGCAACGCUUGGGGUCCCCGUUGCAGAUAUGUCACUUUACCUUCAUUAAAGCCAAUAACUCACAGUGUGUGUCGGCCUCGUUCUUACAGAGCACCUUGGGAGGGCCCCCCGGCCUCCCUGGUACGUAACAACUGGUCUCUAGCUGACUGUGCGCUGCUGACAGUUAAGUAGCACCAGCCUUCGCCUGUCCUUUCCUGCUAACGCGCCCAAGCCCAGCGUAUCAGCAGGCGUGAAGGCUGGGAGAUGGUCCCGCUAUGAUCCAGGCAGAUUGGAGGCUGCUCCUGCCUGAGGGCGGGGUCGAUCCUCGCGCUGUGGUAGCCCUGCUCUGCGGCUCAGCCGUAGUGAUGCUGGCGCUGCGAUGGGUGGGGCAGAGACAGAUCCAGGAGAAGAUGGACCAGGAAAGGAGGACGCGGGAUCUCAGUCUAGAACGAAUGGAAAAGGUGGCUCGGCAGUUUAAACAGCAGAACCCAGGGAUACAGGCUGGUCACAUCCUCUCCCUGCCGCUUGUGGAGCUGGCUGAGAAACUGAAGGAAGGUUCCCUCUCUCCAGAGAGCGUCCUCUACACGUACAUAGAUCGGGCCUUGGAGGUGACCCGGGAGGUGAACUGUGUGACAGGUUUUAUGCAAGGUUGUGAGGAGCAACUGCGGGAAGUGCAAAGGCAGAAGGAGAGAGGGUUACUGUAUGGAGUUCCCGUCAGCAUCAAGGAUCACAUUGGCUGCAAGGGUCACGUCUCCACCAGUGGCUUGGUGCAAUUUCUCGGCAGAGCGGAGGAAGAGGACAGCGUGAUAGUCCAGGUUUUGAAGAGGCAGGGGGCGAUUCCAUUUGUGAAAACCAACGUCCCGCAGAGCAUGAUAAACUACGACUGCAGCAACUUGAUCUUCGGACAGACGGUGAAUCCGCUGAACCACAAGAAAAGCCCCGGCGGCUCCUCCGGAGGGGAGGGGGCGCUGAUCGCCGGAGGAGGGUCCGUCCUGGGCUUUGGGACAGAUGUCGCUGGAAGCAUCCGCCUGCCGUCCAGCUUCUGCGGGCUGUGCGGGCUCAAGCCGACGGGCAACAGGCUGAGCACCCAUGGUCUCGCCAGUCCUAUAGCCGGCAUGAAAUCAGUUACAGGAAUGAUCGGGCCAAUGGCGAGGGACGUGGACAGCCUGGCUCUGUGCAUGAGAGCGCUCCUGUGUGACGACAUGUUCCACCUGGACCCCACCGUGCCACCCCUGCCCUUCAACGAGGAGGUGUACUCCAGUUCAGUCUCUCUUCGGAUCGGGUAUUACGACGGAGACGGCUAUUUCCAGCCCUCGCCCAGCAUGAGACGGGCUGUCCAGGAAACCAAAAAGCUUCUCCAGGAGGCAGGGCAUACGCUGGUCCCUUUUACCCCCCCUCGGAUUGAUUACGUGGUGGACGAGCUUUUCACCAGAGGCCUCUUUUCUGAUGGAGCUGCAAAUCUGUUGGACAAAUUCAAAGGGGACAUUGUGGAUCCGACCCUGAAAUCGCAGAUCAACUGUUACCGUCUUCCCAUUCUGGUGAAGAAGAUUCUGGCCCUCAUCUUAAAGCCUGUGUAUCCACGAAUCGCCAGAGAUCUGAAUGCGCUGUGCGGAGUGGGAUCAGCAAAAAACCUUUGGAAGCAUCAUGUUGCAGUGGCGGCUUACCGUACAGAAUUCAUUGCUAAAUGGAGGAAGCUGGAGCUGGAUGUUAUGCUGUGUCCUGCUUUGGGUCCAGCGUUUAACAAGGGCUAUCCUGGGAAGCUAUUUGCUGCUUCUUCCUACACCAAUUUAUACAACGUCUUGAACUUCCCCGCGGGGGUUGUGCCGGUCAGCGCCGUCACGGAGGCUGACGAAGAAGAGCUGAAGAAUUACAAAGGGCACUACGGCGACCCCUGGGAUAAGAGGCUGAGAGAGGCUGUGGAAGGAGCGGUGGGGCUGCCUGUCGCCGUUCAGUGCGUGGCUCUGCCGUGGCAAGAGGAGCUGUGUCUGCGGUUCAUGAAGGAGGUGGAGGCGCUCGCUCGCGAGAGGAAGAGGAACGUGGGACCCGAUGAUGAUGAUGAUGACACUAAUGAUUUGAACUUAUAAACCAAGUCACCUCCCGACUAAGACAUGAAAUAAUGUGAGGACACCCCUGUGAAUCAGACUGUUUCCCUUAGCGGUUAAUAAACCUGUUCAAAAGCCCCUUCUCCUCGUUAACAAUUCAGCCAAAGCCUGACUGUGUGCAAUCAGUGCUUCAUUUGCCUGUGUUCAAUUUUUAACCAAAGGGUGGGAGAAGAGCAAAAAAGGAUCAAAAUCUCGCUGAAGGAUCAAUGAGCAGCAGGAAAACAAAUUUAAAAAAAAAAAACAUUCUAGGGAACACAUCCAUUCCCCAGUUUGCUCAUUACUGCACCUGGGAGCCUGUGAUUUUAUGUCACUGUCACUGUUUGCGAUCAAUAUCUGCCAAUGAUUUUUUGUGUCUGGGACCCUCCCUCGCCGUAAACUUGUUGGUGAGAAGCAGGAAGGGGAGUGAGAGCAGCGGAGGUGGCUGAAAGAGGUUGAUUAGCUGGUAUUCUUGAGGAAUUGUUUGAAGUAGUCACACAGCUCUAAUAACCAACCAUGGAAAAGAGACGGCUAAGGGGAGAUAUGACUGAGGUCUAUAAAAUCAUGACUGGUGUAGAGAAAGUAGAUAAGGAAGUGUUGUUUACUACUACUUAUAACACAAGAA